GGUAGCAGUGAUGGUUCUGAACUCAGUGAAGAGACUUCAUGGCCAGCGUUUGAAAGGAACAGGUUGUACCAUUCUCUCGGUCCGGGGACAAGAGUGUCACGAAAUGGCUAUCGAGGCCACAUGAAGGCCAGCAGCUCCCUAGAAUCUGAAGAUUUGGCUGUUCAUUUGUAUCCAGGAGCAGUUACUAUUCAAGGUGUUCUCAGGAGGAAGACUUUGUUGAAAGAAGGCAAAAAACCAACAGUAGCAUCUUGGACAAAAUACUGGGUAGCAUUGUGUGGAACCCAACUCUUUUACUAUGCUGCAAAAUCUCUGAAGGCUACAGAAAGAAAACAUUUCAAAUCCACACCGAGUAAGAAUGUGUCAGUGGUGGGCUGGAUGGUGAUGAUGGCAGAUGACCCUGAGCAUCCAGAUCUCUUCUUAUUGACUGAUUCUGAGAAGGGAAAUUCAUAUAAAUUUCAAGCUGGAAACAGAAUGAAUGCAAUGCUCUGGUUUAAACACCUGAGUGCUGCCUGCCAAAGCAACAGACAACAGGUUCCUGCCAACUUGAUGACCUUUGAAUAAUAGGCCAAUUCAAAACAAAAAAAAGAACAAUUUGAACCAUCUCAUAAUCAAGAACGAGGUCCUGAUGAAAAAUGUGCCAGAACAGAGCCUGUCAACUCGAUCUCUGAACUCUGGAGCCCUGAAUAAAACCACUAAUGUUUGGGGAGUAGAGUCCCCCAAAUUAAAAAUGGAGUUGCAACAUGAAUUGCCAUGAACCAUGCUUCGUUAUAUUCUCUGAACUGACCUGUGGAAACCACUGCCUUAAAGAGUGAAAGGAAAAACAACAUGAAACACCAAAUAGUGUGUGUGAAACUUCUGGCGGUGCUGUGCUUGAGUUAAAUAGAUUGUAGCUAGUUUGAGUUUCUUUUAACUUUAUACUAAUUUUGAAAAUAACUCACCUUUUUAGGCAUUCUUAAGAAAACAAGUAAACUGGUAUUUAAGAGUUGUAUCAAAAGCUAUGAACCAGGCAAAAGAGGUACUACAUGUUCUAGAGAUGUUGUUUAGACUAUACAAGGAGUUCUCAAUGGGAGCUUGUCCCAGGCACGCUUAGCCUGAAGCAAUGUUACUUCUCUCAGACCUACAAGUAUAAGAAACGUUAACAACUGCAAGUUUAAAAUAGCUGUGAGCUUGCAAACCUUAGUACUGUAUUGCCAAUGAGCGGCACAAAGGCUGAGCACUUAAAUACCAAAAUUUUUUUUGGUACGUUGUUACCUAAUUCCUGGUUAAAAACGCAGUUCAUGUGUUUUGGGUGGUCAGUGGGUGUGUCUGGAAGAGACAAAACUGAAAGCACUGUUGGGUCAGAACCGAGUGUUUUCCUCCCAUUUGUUUCUACGCCUGUCACUCUCCUACACGCAAAGGUUGAAUGACAAAAAAACAACACCUUGGUAUAGCUCACUAAGACAUUUUACUUCUCUGGGUAUCUGUUAAUUAUCAGUUAGGGACCACUGUUAGUGUAUGGUGUUUCAUAAAAUCACUUAAGAUCUGCAUUUUAAAAAGAUAGAGGCACAAUUUCAAGCUUUCAUGUUCUCAUUUGGCAAUAAUUGACUUUUAGUAUCUGUCUUGGUCAAAAUAGUUGACAUUGUGUGGUACUGAUAACACGGCCUAAAACAGACCUUAUAUACAGAAGCUCUUUUGAUCUUCAGGCAAAUAAUUAAUGUAUUAGAAGGUAGGAUAACCUAAGGAGAGAAAAGGUGUGGGACUAUCAGAAUUCUGUCCUUGACAGGAAUAAUUCUUGGUCACUGAAAUUACUCACAGAGAAAAACAUUAUGGUUGUAAAAAGGGAGCUAUGCUUCAUAUGUGUGUUUUAUGCUUAAGACUGAUUCUUGCUUUAUUUGGGUUUCCUUGACGUCACCUAGGUAUAGUUUCCUGGAUGAUUAGUCUUUCUUUAAUCUUCAAAAAUAUGAUCUUUGUAAAGCAAGGAAACAUUGUCCAAAAUAUGACUCAGAUAUCAGAACUUUGAAGUCUGUGAAAAAGUAGUAAAUGUUCCAUUGACGUUGUGGUUUAGUGGCCGUAAAUAUGCUUGCAGAUUCUACCAUGAAUACUCCUUUUUAAAAAGAAACAAGCUACCUACCGGUCUGUGGCAGAGUUCUCUGACUAUCUAAUAAAGGUUUCUACUAGUAGUUAUUAUUU